AUGAGUAGGACAAGUUUCGUCUGCGUUGUGACUGGAGGUGGUGCGGGCAUUGGUUUAUUGGCGACGCAGUCUUUGGCAGCGAAUGGAGCCCGAGUGCAUAUCACUAGCCGACGUAUGGAAGUUCUUAAAAAGGCUACAAAGGCACAUUCUCCCGCCCAGAGAGGAGAAAUCAUCCCUACAGUAGGGCCUUGUGACGUAACGAAGGAAGAAGAGCUCGAGGAUCUGGUAGUCCAGAUUAGCAAGAAGGAAAAUGAAAAAACCUCGGAGUUGAAGGAGAGACUAUUUAACGGAGAAACAGUCUCCGAAUGGUCCGACACGUUCAACACUAAUGUGUUUACAACUGUUGCCUUCCUUCCCUUGUUGCAAGCUGGAGAAGAGAGUCACGGCGAUCUCUCGGCCUCCGUGAUUGUCAUUUCCUCCAUGUCUGGAAUUAUGCGCUAUAGCUAUAACGCAGCGAAAGGAUCGACAGUCCAUCUUUCUAAAUUGAUGUCUUAUGAGUUCAAGAAAGCAGGAAUACGAGUGAACAGCAUUGCAAAGAGUUCACUGCCGCAGGAGAAGAUCAAGGGAAAAGGUCAUGUUCCUGCACAACGGUCCGGGUCUGAUAAAGAGAUGACACAGGGCGUGAUAUUUUUGGCAAAGAACAAUUACGUUAAUGGGGGAACCAUUGCGAUCGAGGGAGGAGUGCUUCUUGAACAAGAAGUCCCGGGCAGGUGA